GGAUUUGCAAUAGUGUUUCUUGUGAGGACUAACAAUGGGAUGAAAUGUGCCCUGAAGCGGAUGUACGUCAAUAACGAGUAUGACUUGCAAGUCUGCAAAAGAGAAAUCCAAAUCAUGCGGGACCUCUCUGGCCACAAGAACAUUGUCGGAUACAUUGAUUCCAGUAUAAACUCAGUCAGCAGCGGUGACGUCUGGGAAGUGCUGAUACUAAUGGACUUCUGUCGAGGAGGUCAAGUGGUGAACCUCAUGAACCAGCGCCUGCAGACGGGCUUCACGGAGAAUGAGGUCCUGCAGAUCUUCUGCGACACCUGUGAAGCCGUAGCCAGGUUGCAUCAGUGUAAAACGCCAAUAAUCCACAGGGAUUUGAAGGUUGAAAACAUCCUGCUGCAUGACCGUGGCCACUAUGUCCUGUGUGACUUUGGAAGUGCUACUAACAAAUUCCAGAACCCUCAAACAGAAGGGGUGAAUGCGGUAGAGGAGGAGAUCAAAAAGUACACUACAUUAUCCUAUAGAGCGCCAGAAAUGGUCAACCUCUAUAGCGGCAAACUUAUUACUACAAAAGCGGACAUAUGGGCCCUCGGCUGUUUGCUGUACAAGCUGUGUUACUUCACCUUGCCAUUCGGGGAGAGUCAGGUGGCAAUCUGUGACGGCAAUUUCACCAUUCCAGAUAAUUCUCGGCACUCGCAAGACAUGCACUGCCUCAUCCGGUAUAUGCUUGAGCCAGACCCUGAUAAGAGACCUGAUAUCUACCAGGUCUCCUACUUUGCAUUCAAAUUGGCAAAGAAGGAAUGCCCGGUCCAGAACGUCCAGAACUCUCCAAUCCCCACAAAACUCCCAGACCCGGUUAAAGCAAGUGAAGCUGCUGCAAAGAAGAGUCAACCAAAGGCCAGGCUGACAGAUCCCAUCCCUACAACAGAAACCUCCAUAGCACCCCGCCAGAGACCUAAAGCAGGACAGACACAACCCAACCCUGGAAUUUUACCCAUUCAGCCAGCCCUGACGCCGAGGAAGAGACCCACGGCUCAAGCAGCCUUGCAGCCGCAAGUUGCAGGACCUGCUGCCCUGGGCAGUGGUCAGCCUUCGCUCUCUGCGAGUGUCCCCCAGCAAAAAGCACCUCAGCAGCCUCCAGCACAGCCACAAGCCAAGCAGGCACCAGCUCUGCAGCAAGCCUCGCAGGCGCAGCCCCAGGUCCCUUCUACUCAGCCUCAAGCCACCCCUCAGCACCAACAGCAGCUUUUCUUGAAGCAGCAGCUUCUGCAGCAGCAGCAGCAACAGCAGCAGGCUGCGUAUUACCAGCAGCAGCAGAUGAUGCAAGCUCAGCAGUUCCCAGUGGUGCAGCAAGGAGCGCCAGCGCAGCAGCAGCUGAUGCAGAACCCCCUGGCCCAGCAAAGCGCGGCCCAGGCAGCACCGCCGCAGGAGCAAGUGGUAAGAGCACAAAUGAGGCAACAGCAAAAACCUCAAACCACGCCCCCCGCAGCAGUGCAAGGGCAGAAGCUGGGCUCUCUCACCCCUCCGUCCUCCCCCAAGACGCAGCGUGCAGGACACAGGAGGAUUCUGAGCGACGUGACCCACAGUGCGGUUUUUGGGGUUCCGGCCAGCAAGUCCACCCAGCUCCUGCAGGCAGCGGCUGCUGAAGCCAGUCUCAACAAGUCCAAAUCUGCGUCCACCACACCCUCGGGUUCCCCAAGGACCUCCCAGCAGAAUGUCUACAACCCGCCCGAUGUCUCCACGUGGAAUCCGUUUGAUGAUGAUAACUUCUCCAAGCUCACAGCUGAGGAGCUGCUCAACAAGGACUUUGCAAGGCUGGGUGACGGGAAAGCUCCGGAAAAGAUGGGCAGUUCCACAGAGAACUUGAUUCCAGGUUUCCAAUCUGCUUCAUCCGCAGCCCAGGCAGAUGCGUUUGGUGGCUCCUCCUUCACUGCUGGGUCAGCUGAAAAAACGAAAGAUAUUCUGAGUUUGGACACUAGCCCUCCUCUUCUGACUGUGCCUGAUCCGUUCAUUCCUCUCCCGUUGUCCGACACGCCAGAAAAACUGAUUGAGGGACUCAAAUCUCCUGAGACUGCGCUUCUGCUCCCUGAUAUCCUGCCUCUCGCUGACCCCUUCGGUAGCACGCCAGAUGCUGUGAAUGGAAAACCUGACGUAGCUGUUGAGAGUCUCAUCCCGGGCCUCGAGGCUCCGCUGCCCCAACGCCUCGUGUCGCAGGCGGAGUCGGUUACCUCCAACAGAACAGACUCUCUCACUGGCGAAGACUCUCUGCUUGACUGUUCUCUGCUCUCUAACCCUGCUGCUGACCUCUUGGAUGAGUUUGCUCCCGUAGCUUUCGCGGCUCAGCCUCACAAAGAAGAUACUAACCUGAUAUCAGGCUUUGAUGCUCCUGAGGGCUCUGAAAAAGUGACAGAAGAUGAGUUUGACCCAAUCCCAGUGUUGAUAUCCAAAAAUUCACAAG